AUGGCCCCAGGGAAGGUGGGAGCCCAGACUCAGCAGGAGCUGGAGCAGCCAUCCUGCUGUGUGUCCAGCCCCUGCCAGCCAUCCUGCUGUGUGUCCAGCCCCUGCCAGUCAGCAUGCUGCAGGCCUGCUAUAUGUAUUCCUGUGAGAUACCAGGUAGCCUGCUGUGUGCCUGUGAGCUGCAGGCCCACUGUGUGUGCUGCCCCCUCCUGCCAGUCCUCUGUGUGUGUGCCUGUGAGCUGCCGUCCUGUCUGUGUGACGUCCUCCUGCCAGUCAUCUGGAUGCUGCCAGCCUUCUUGCCCCACCCUGGUCUGCAGGCCUGUCACCUGUAACAACUCCUCCUGCUGUUGA